AUGGCCAGCUCUCCUCCAGAAUCGCCCCAGGUGAGUCUGCCUAGGCCCGCGAGCGCAAUUAUGAAAGGAGCACCAAGAUCGAGUAGUCGGAUGAGCAUGAGCAGUAAAGCUGGGGGAAGCCGAGCCUCGGAUGAAGAUGGCAAAACUGCUGUCAAAGUUGCUGUGCGAGUUAGGCCACCCCUCCAACCAACCGAUCCUGGCUUCGACCUCAUCCCACAGAGAUUCCAGCGACCUAUGUUACAGGUUACUUCGUCCACGAACUUAGCAAUCGAUUCUCCACAAGGAAAGAAGAUAUUUGUGUUUGAUAGAGUAUUUGAUGAGAAUGUGGAUCAGGAAGGAAUUUGGGAAUAUUUGGUAGAGAGCACAAACGCCUUCAUUCAAGGAUACAAUGUCUCUAUGCUGGCAUAUGGACAAUCUGGCGCUGGAAAGUCCUUUACGAUGGGUACAUCCGGUCCAGGAGAGCAAGGAAAAUCCGAGAUCAUGGGUGUUAUUCCACGUGCGGCCAUGGCAAUAUUUGAGAAACUCGGCGGCGGGAAGCCGCAGCAGUCCAAUCGGAGCUCCAUGACUGGUCUGAGAGCCCCUAAGAGGUAUUCCACGGUUCCUGCUGUUGUGUCGACGGAGGACAAAACUUGGACUCUGAAAGCAACGUAUGUGGAAAUUUACAACGAGCAAUUGCGAGAUUUGUUAGUUCCCGAACAUAUACCAGCUCAUGAACGUGAGGUGGUCACUAUUCGAGAGAACACCAAGGGUCAUAUUCUUCUUACCGGAUUACACCAAGUCGAGAUCAACACCGUGGAGGAUCUAAUGGCGGCACUCAAUUUCGGGUCAAUGAUUCGCCAAACUGAUGCAACCGCGAUCAACGCCAAAUCUUCACGAUCUCAUGCUGUGUUCAGUUUGAAUUUGGUUCAGCGCAAAAUCAAAGGAACACAAGGCGCCGAAAAGAGAUUUUCCGUUCCACUAGAAGCGAUGACUGGCGGAGAAGUGGUCACAAUUGACAGCAAAUUCCAUUUCGUCGAUCUAGCUGGCAGUGAGAGAUUAAAAAAUACCGGUGCACAAGGAGAAAGAGCCAAAGAAGGUAUUUCCAUCAAUGCCGGUUUGGCCAGUUUGGGCAAGGUGAUAUCGCAAUUGUCAUCCCGACAGGCCGGAUCCCACGUGUCGUACCGAGACUCAAAGCUCACAAGAUUGCUCCAGGAUUCACUUGGAGGUAACGCGAUCACUUACAUGAUUGCAUGUGUUACUCCGGCCGAAUUUCACCUUAGCGAAACUCUGAAUACAGUUCACUACGCUCAGCGCGCCCGCGCAAUUCAAAGUAAGCCUCGAAUCCAACAAGUUUCAGACGAGAGCGAUAAACAGGCUGUUAUCGAUCGUUUGAAAGCCGAAGUCGCUUUUCUCCGGGACCAAAUUACGAACAGCGAAAGCGGGGGCGAUCGUCGUAGCAAGCCUACGAGUGAGAGGCCCGAGCGACAAAAUGAACGGGAAGUAGAACUACAUAAUCAGCUACUGGACACGCAGGAGAAUUACACGGCCCUUAGUCAACGACAUGCUAAGCUUAUAUCGGAGUUAGCUAGAGCCCGGGAUGAGGAAGUUGCUGAUAACCAGGCUCAUGAAAAUACAUUGGUUGACAGUGCCACAGAGAGACUAAAACGCUCAAAUUCGUUUGCCGAAGCGGUUGAACAAGUGGUCCUCGAAUACGAAAAGACAAUUCAAAGUCUUGAACAUUCUCUAUCCAACACUCGAUCAUCUUUAUCUAACACCGAAACUUUACUUUUGGAAAAGGAAACCAAGUGUGCUUAUACUGAGACAGUCAAUCAACAACUCCAAGCACGCUUGCAAAAGUUGAUUGAUCGAGAAGCUAAUACCGAACAUUAUCUACACGACCUAGAAACGAGGCUCGAAGGCCACACUUCAGGUGAAGACAAAAAUUCGGCAAUUGUAAUGGAGCUCCGCAAAGAGAUUGCUCGCGUUCGCGAGAAUGAAGCCACCGGUGAAGAUUACAUCUCAACUCUCGAGGAACGUCUAGCCGAGGCCGAUCAAGAUUCGGAGAUGAUGCAACGCGAGAUCGAUCGUUUAGAGCACGUUAUUGAACGCCAACGAAGUCUCGGAAAGUUGGAUAGUCUGCUUUAUGAUCUAGACAAUAUCCGGCACGACGGAAAGAAUGGCGAUGACAAGAAAGCUAUGAACAGCAAACGAUCGUCUUCUAUUGACAUCAGCAGCCGUAGACAAAGCCUUGCAAGCAGGAGAAACCAAAACAAUGUCAUUCUAGAGACCGAAAACGAGAGUGACGAGAACUUUUCGGUGAGCCCUGCAAAUGGCAACCGACCCGAAACUGAUGGUCCCGCCGAUCGUGGAGAAUUGAUUGAGCCCGAAACUCCCCUGGAGUCGCUGAGUGAGGAAAUUGGUAGCCAGUAUUCACCUCAAAGCCCAGCUCAAUCGAGAUUUGUCGAGGAUAAGCUGGAAAAUGUCACUCAAGAACUCGUCGACCUAAAGGUCGAGCACGAAGCUACAGUUGGCGAAUACGAUCUGCUUUCAGUAAAGUAUGAGGAUGCCCUUCGUACAUUAGCCGAACUCCAAGACGCUGUCGAUGAAGCCCGCCACCCCGGUGCACGUGAUUCUAUGCUGUCGGCCAACACGGCAGGGCCAACGUCUUUUUUAGCAGACGCGAGGAUGAACGAGCUAAAGGAUGGAGGACAAUACUCAUCCUCGCGAUCGCUCUCAUCGGAAUUGUCCUCAGCUGGGGAAUCACCCAGUACCACGGAACAAUUUGAUGCUGAAGCCGUGACCAAGAAAUCGGAGUCAGUAGCAACCUUAGAGGAAGCCCGCGACACCACGAGUACGGCGGAAGUUAAAAGUUUGAGAAAGUUAGGCGCAGAGCAAGAAGAGGCACAAGUCGUGCUUACGGAGAAAUAUGCUCAAUUGGAGGAAGAACACACAGCGGCUCUCGAUCUUAUGGAGGAGCUCAAGGCGGAGGUAUCAAAAGCGAGGUUAAAUGCAGAAGCAACAUCACCACGCUCAGUCACACCUGUUAUACGUCGCAAAUCAAGUCAAAACGUCAUGAUAAUUGAUCGGGCUCAUCGAUCAUUUGCCUCGUUGAGAAACAUUGCGGCCGAGAGUUUCGAGCAUAAUCCUGACGUUAUGGCCAACUUCGAGUUGAACUUGAAUACUGCGAUGCACGAGUUACAUACUCGCUCGGAGCGCAUCCAGGAACUUGAGGCAGAUGUCACUACGGUCAGAAAGGAAUUAGAUCUGAAGACAACUAUUAUCAGUGGGCUUGCAAGAGAACGAUCGAGCAUGAAGGCAUCACCUAUGGACAUGUCGGUGGUCUCAACUAUGCAGGACCAGAUUAUGAACUCCGAGAAUCAGAUUAAAAUACUCCAAGAACUUCACAAUACUCGUGAAAAGGAGCUACUUCAACAAAUCGCAUAUAUCCGGACUUCUAUCAAGACCAGUCCUACUUUCAAUGGUAGCAAAGAGAAUAAUGAAGCUAGCGAAGCGGACAAUAAUCACGAACGCAGCAAUGCAGAAUUGAAGGCAGGAGUCGUUAAUUGGGAAGGGAAGCAUCAGAUUGCAUUGACUUCCAUGCAAACUUCACAAGAUACUCUCGAGACUACGAUACUUGAGUUGGAACGACAAUUGUCCAGUCUGACAACUAGCGGAAAGCAGAGAACUCGCGAAAUUGAGGAACAUCAAACUCAUGUUUCAAACUUGCAAAGAGAAAUUGACGAACACAAAGCGGCAGUUGUCGCAAACACCACACGAUUCGCCGAGCUCGAGCAAGCCCAUGCAUCAACACGCGAACAACUUGAAGAAGCCAUCCAGUCGAAGAAUAUCGUAUCCGCGGAGAUGGAAGGACAUAAGACUCUUGGUACUCGACUAGAAGAGCAAAUCGCCGAGCAUGAAAAUAUUGUCAAGACUCACCAAGAAGGGCUAAGUCUCUUGCAAGUGAACCAUGCGAAGGAGAUUGAAGAAAUUCGCUCAAACAGCCAGGCUGAUCACGAGGCCCAGCUAAGCGAGUUAAAGUCUAAACAUCGGGAAAGCACCGACGCACUUUCAAGAGAGCUUUCUGAUUCGCGUGAUGAUUUGGCAAAGAUUGCUACUCAAGUUGCUUUUGCGCUUGGAGUAGAUGUCAGCACGGAGAAGCUUCAGGACCGAAUUACGGAUCUCGUUGCCAACCAGAAGGCACUUUCUCAAGAAGAGACUAGAGCGGGCGAACUCGAGAAAUAUACAGAGGAGUUGUCCACUAUCAAUGAUACUAUCAUGAAAGAGCUUGAGACUGUCAAGGCCGAAUUAGCUAGUCUCUUGGUCCAAACCGCCGAAGGUUCUAGACUAAAGGAUGAAAACGCUACAGUCGCAGAUCAAUUGGCCGCUUUGAGGAAGGAGCUCCACGACCUCGAAACUAAAAACAAAAAGAAUUCGAGAUUGGUAGAGGAGCUUGAGGACCAAUUGGCUUCGAAUUUUGAUGAACACCAAGCUGCUAACAAUCGUCUGUCUACCCUCCAAACCGAACGCAAUGCUCAAUUGGACGAAGCCCAUAUCACCGCGAUUCGUGCCCAAACCGAGCUAGAAGCAGUCAAGGAGGAAUAUGCCACUCUUCAAGCCAAAUUGGAAGACGUUCUGCAAUCUGACCCUAACAAUAAGCGUUCCAACUCGAUGACUUCGCGACUCCACAAGUCUGCAUCCGUGACCUCACUUCCUUCACCACCUCCCGCAAUUCCGCUACCGCCAUUACCUGGAAUCGCAGGAACUGCACAAACUGGCCCCGCCCCUUCAUCAUCGCCAGUUCCGCCGACACCCACACAAAGUAGCUUCAAUAGCCGCAACAGCAAAGACAUAGCUGCUACUCAAAUUCAAGAGGAUCAAGAAGCCCGAAUCCGCAUGAUUGAAAAGCACUUAUUUGCCGAGAAGCAACUCACAUCAACUCUAGAAGAGGCUCUCACGGAUCUCGAAAAACAAAGCAACAAAGUUAAAGCCGAUUGUGAUGCCUGGCGAAAACGUGCCAAUGAAUUGGAGGCGGAACUCAAAGCCGCCGAAGAGAAGGCCAAGAAUGGCAAUGCGGAGAAAGAGAAUCGUUGGAGCUUAAUGCAAGUCGAGGAAGAGAAACGCAAGAGAAAAGAGGCAGAGCUUGCAAGGGCUCAUCUCGAAGAACGCAUGAAUGCCCUUAGUAGCAAGAAAAAGAAGAAGGGCAGUUUGAAUUGUUUCUAA